AUGCUACGAAACCCCAAAGUCACCUUGGAGAUCGAUCUGGACGAAGGCGCCUGGAGCCAGGUCCCCCAACACUACAGGCUCCUUCUAAUGGCCAUGGUCGAGUUCUCCAUCACUGGUUUACAGCUGGAGAAAGACCUUGAGGAUCAAAGGGAGGGGCUGACGAACAAGGAAGAAAGGUAUCUCCUCCGCCAUGGGUGUAUGCCCGUUCGAUCGUUGAAGGUAGUGCACUAUCGACAGACUGAAAUACUCAGCAACAGUGAGGAUGAGAUUACUGGAAUGAAUCGCCACAGACCAACAGACCACAGCUAUGGAUGGACAGCCUCUAUUGUCGAGAAUGGAACACCUCGAAGGACGAUAUGGGAAGGAUGA